CUGGGGACACCACAUCUUUCGAGCCGCUGUUGCUACAGGUACUUCUUCAAAGGGAAGAAAAGGUCAACCUUCCCUUUUCUAUGUUUUUCAUAUUUUUUUAACAAACAAUAUUGCCACACUCAGACGAUGUGGCAAAGUAUUCCGGUUGAGUAUUCAGCAAAAAUGCCGACAUUAUUAUGAAUGAAGAUAGUGGUGGUCAUCCUUACGCACCCACGCAUCUCCUCUUUCAUCAAGCUGCGUUGUUGGCUUUUUUUUUUUUUUUACGUUUCUACUAGGAUAUUACGAUUUUUAUACCUUGAAGAUUGUUUACACCAGCUCAAAAUAUGUCGCCUUUACGGUCUGUGCUGUUGGUAGGAGAAGGUAACUUCUCUUUUUCGGCUUCACUGUGCCAGUCCUUAAGAGGGUCUGACACCAUCGUUAUAGCCACUUGCCUGCAGCAAGAGGACGAGGCACUGCGGCACGAAGGGUCAGCCACUAACAUCCAGAUCAUCCGGGAGGCUGGUAGGAUCAUUCACUCAAGCCAGAUCUUUUCCCGUAUUUUAGAAAACAAAAUACCAGAACGUACUAACUGCAUCAGAGGAAAAAAGUAUAUGAUGAAAAUACAUGAGAUUACAAAUAUAAUGGGACCUAUGGGACUUGGAUUACAUGAGCCAUCCUAUUGCGGUGGAACAGUGCUAUUUGAUAUUGACUGCACAAAGCUGGGAGAAUGCAUGUCUCUUAAAGGCCAUUUGUUUGACCUUGUCAUAUUUAACUUUCCUCACUGUGGCAGAAAGAGUGGAGUUAAAAAGAAUAGAGAACUUCUGAAAAACUUCUUCCACAGUUGUGUUCGGGUGUUGUCUGAAGAUGGGGAGAUCCAUGUCUCCUUGUGUAAUGGGCAGGGAGGUACUCCGGCUGACCAGCCCAAGCGUGAAUGGCACAACAGUUGGCAAGUGGCAGCUAUGGCUGCAGAAGCUCAGCUCAUCCUCAGUGACAUCCGGCCAUUUGAAAGUGAGAAAUAUCAGAGCUACAAGUGCACUGGAUACAGGAGUCAAGAUAAGGGCUUCCAUGUAGAAAAGGCUCUGGUGCAUGUGUUCACCCACAGCCUGCCAUACGCUCCACCUCAGAGGCUGACCGUAGAGGAGACUGUCGAGGGGGAGAAGGUCCAGUACCAAAUGCCAGCAGAGCUCAGUGAUUACAUGUUCAGGGAAUUCCUCAAAUCAGGCUCAACUCACCCUGUUAAGCUUGUUCAAGACUUUGUUCUCAAAGGACUGGCAGAGAGUUGGUGUGUCUCCAUGAUAACUGAGACCAUCCCUUUUCUUCUCAGCGGGAAACAGGUGCAGAAAUGCUGUAAAAUAGACAGGACACAGUGUUAUUUGAUCCAGUUGCUUCAAAGGGACAUCGAUUAUGAAAGUCAUUCUGCGGCUGACAAAAACAAGUGCACAAUUUUGCAAUCCAACAGUUGGACAGAAAAGAAUGAAGGAACUGCUGUCAGUUCAGAAAAUGCCAGGAAUAAGGGAGCAGAGGUGCUGAAACCUGUGCGGUCGCUUGAUGUCGAUCCAGAAAUAGAAUCUGAAUUUUAUGUUCUGCGGCCAUCACUGAUACCUCCACUAGAAGAUUUGAUUGCCAGACAUAAAGCUUUAAGUACAGACUGUGAGACUAAAAGUGAAAGUUCAGAAACAUUAGUAAAUGUAAAAGAGACUCCCUCUGUUGGCACUAAUGGCACGAUGUGUUCAAUGUGGGGCAUUAGUGAUUUGGUGUUUAAGAACAUGCCUAUAAAUACAUGGGCCCUUCCUGUGUUUCAUGAACUUCUCUUCAAUGCUGUUCUCCCCUCAGAGCCUGAUCCACUCACAAUGUUAUGUGAACAUCUUGAAAAGUUGCUUGGUCCAUAUGGAGUCUCCUUGACGACAGAGCAAGAUGAGUUCUGCCUUAUGGCUCAACCAAUGGGUUUAGUCGGCAAAAUUCUUGCAAUUAAGGAAGGCGAAAGCCAUAGUUUUAUUAAUUUAUGCAUUAGCUUAAAUCUGGACUUACUUGCUGUGCUCCUAUUUGCACUUCCAGACUGGAGACUUUUGUGGUCACAUGAUCCUCGUUUUUAUAAGCAGUUCUCUCUACAGCCUUCACCGGGAACACCUUUCUGUCCUUUCUCUUUGUUCCCGGAACAUUUUAGGUUUGAUAUUAGCUUCUGGACAGGGCCCAGUUGGGAUGAAAGGAAGUUUUACUCUGUGGUCAGAGAGGCAAGCUGUGGUACUGUUCAACAAGUCAAACUUAUUGAUACAUUCUCACACCCAGACCUCAGCCAGACCAGUUACUGCUAUAGACUGGUCUAUCAUUCACAUACACAUGCACUUUCACAUACACAGGCCCUCCUCUUUCACAAACGACUGGAAACUGUGCUCUCAACAUGGUUGCAUGUUACGGUUAGAUAGGGUUUUGGUUUUAGAGGAAAUGUCUAUAUCUAUAAAUAUUUAGCUCACAGAAAAUAUAUGUAUAUCAAUGCUGUAACAAAAUUUAUUUCCAUGCAGUCCUUUAGAGUUGGACCAUCAGACAUUAUGUAGGGGUUUUCAUACAUUUCCUCUAAGAGCCACUUGAAACAAAAAUAGGUCAUGUCUGUUCCUGUGAGCAGCAGUAGUGACUAGCUUAUAUUUUUUAUCUGAUCACCAUCUCAUGCCUUAAUGCUGAACUAAAGUAAGACAUCCAAAUAGUUUGAUUGGACAAUGUUAUGGGCAUAUGAUGAAGCAAAGCUCACAAUUUUCGUUUUUCUCUGUACAUUUGUAUCCCUUUGCCUGGGAAACUUGAAAUGGAAUACUGAGGUGCAAGUUUGAGACCCAGUGUAAGCUAUUAGUUGAAGUUUUCUGCAUUCUCUUGUAAAAACAUGUGAUACACAGUUUAACUUGGCAAUAAAAUGGCUUUUAAUCUCG